AUUUGGUGAGAGCAUAGGCAUUCAGUCUUUUGAUCUUUCUGAAAAGAACACUCAGUGAAAUCAAAAUGCCUGUGAAAAUUCCUCUUAUAAUACCCGUUCCGGCUGGAAAGUACUAUCCAGAGAGUGAGAGUGCGAUAAUGAAGAAAAUAAUGGAUACAUUAAGAGAAGCCGACAGAAACCAUGACGGUCGCUACAACAAGGAUGAACUGAAGCAUGCCCUCAAAGACUUAGGUGCCUUUUUUCCUGGCUGGAGAGCCAAUCGUGCUUUUGACAGAAUUGAUAUCAAUAAUGAUGGUCAAAUCAGCGGUGAGGAAAUCGAUUCUCUCCUCGAGUAUCUUCGCUCUCGCGGCUUUGGAAAACCAUUAAUCUCUUCCAACUCCUUUGAGAAGAACAAAACAAUGUCACAGCCUUAUGUCUACGAAAGCAGAAGGCCAGUGAGAAUAAUCCCUACUCUUCCAGGGAAGACAAUAGUGGUGUCUGGUCAAACCAAGACAAUAGCUGAUAGUUUCACCAUGCAGAAAAUAAUGGAAGCACUGCAUAAUGCAGACAGAGACAGAAAUGGCAGUUACAACAAGGAUGAACUCAAGCAAGCCCUCAGAGACUUAGGUGCCUACUUCCCAAAUUGGAGAGCCUAUCGUGCUUUCGGAAAAGCUGAUGCCAACAAUGACGGUCAAAUUAGCGGCGAAGAAAUCGACACUCUCAUUGAGUAUCUUCAUUCUUGUGGCUUUGGAAAAUAGUCAUCCAUCAUUAGUUCAUCAAAUAAUCAGUGUGUUGUGUUCUGUGAUCAUAUAUUAUGUAAUAUAGUUUGUGUUUGUGCUUU